UUGUGUGUGUGGAGUUUGCAUGUUCUCCCCGUGCCUCAGGAGUUUCCUCCGGGUACUCCGGUUUCCUCACCCGGUCCAAAGACAUGCAUGGUAGGUUGAUUGGCAUCUUAGCAACCAUGUGAUAUUAUCUAACUAAUCCACAGACCUUUCAUUAAAACUUGGAGGUUUUGUCUAAAUUCACCUCAACUGAUGAUGAUGAUGCUCUUGUAUGUGGUCAUGGCAACUGAUUGGGAUGCAGAUCUGGUAUGUGUGUGCAUGUGUGUGUGAUGGAGAGUUCUCAUUUCACUUGAGGCCCCUAACUCAGAUUAACUGGAGUUUGAUUAGACAUUGCAAUAAUUACACAGAAUUAAUCUGAGGCUCUGGCGUGUGUGAGGAUUUUAAUUAACGCAGCAUUUUGUGUGUGUGUGUAUGUGUGUUCCAAUUUCACACAUAUACAGGAAUAAAGAGAGACAUGGAAAGCAGUGUGUGAUUAAUGAUCACUCUGUUAAAUGUGAAUUUUACAACUUGUGAGUUUACAUGGUCUGAUUUCUGUAAUAAAUUUAUUCAUUCAUUCAUUUAUUCAUUCAUUCACUCUUUCAGUUUAUGAAAGAAAAAAGACUGAAAUAAGCAACUACAGUAUUAAUACUAUUCAUAUAUACAGAGUAAAUUUGAAUAGAAAAAGACAACUUAGUUCAGGCUUUUGUGUAUGAGUGUGUGUGUGUGUGUGUGUGUGAGAGAGAGAGAGAGAGAGAGGUGUUCUUCAGACAGUGGGAUUUAUUUCUCCUCAGUGAAGUGACGUCUCGCUGAAUUAAUGAUCAGGUUUUAACUUCAUUGUAAGGUAAGAAAAUCUUUGCCUUUAUUUUAUUCACACACAUUUUAUGUCUCAUCAUAAACAUAAAGUUUAUGAAUCAGUCUUACUGAUCAACACAAUAAUUAUUUUAUAUUUAUACAAUCUUUUUGAGUUUUUGAUGUAGAAUUCUGAAGUUUGUUUGGAAUAUAAUACUGAUGGAGGGAAUUACAGAUGUUAAAAUCUGACUCUCUAGAAAUUGAGAAAUUAUUAUUUUAGGUUUUAUGUAAGUUAUACCUGAACUUGAUCAAAUGAAGGAUUAAAUUAAAUCAAAUGUUGCUGUUCCUUGUGUGUGUAUUUGCAUUCAAUGUUAAGAGGAUAUCAUAAGCACAAAACAAGGCUAAAUGAUCCUUUUUUUAAUAAAAGGAAAGUAAUAUUGUUUCAAACUUUCAUCAGUGUUUAUACAGUACAUGUUUAUAUUAAUACACUGUUUAUACUGAGAACUAGAAAUAAUAAGAUAUAUAAUAUAAAUAAUUGAAUAAUAUAAUGCUUUGAAUAUUCACAUAGUCACCUAUAAACUGUGGUGGCAGUUUUGAUCUAGAUGUAUAAAAUACAUUUAGACUUACAGUAGGUGGUAGUAUAAAUUAUACACAGCAAAGAGGCAAAUUCUAUUGUUUCAGUUCUCUUUUGUACCCCAGGUGUGUGUGUUGGUGUGUGUGUAUAUAUGUGUGUAUAUAUGUGGGUGUCCAUGCACCCUCUUUGGUUACUGACAGUGGUGUCAGAAGUAUUCACAUUCAUUACUCAGGUAGAAGUAUAGAUACUAGGGUUUAAAAAGACUUCUGUAGAAGUUGAAGUAUCAACUCGAGCUUUUUACUCAAGUAAAAGUACUGGUUUCAAAACUACUUUAAAAGUGUAAAAGUACUGGUUUCAAAACUACUUUAAAAGUAUAAAAGUAAAAGUAAUGCAAGGAAAAAAAUGCCAUUAAGUACAAAAGCUUAGGCUGUGCCACAGGGGUCUAUUGUGCACUACCCCACCUCCUCAAAAAACAUAUUUCUAAAUGCCAUAAUGACUGUAAUGUUAUAUUAAAAUGAUAAUGUUGAAAAAUUUGGAUGAACUAGGAUACCUGUUUCAGCCGCAUACAGUACUGUAUAUGCCCAUUGAAAAAGAAUGCAUUUUAAUACAAUGCAAAUGCAUUAAAGAACCAUAUAUGUGUACUACUGAGCUGUGUUAAAUGGAGCGGAAGAUAUGACUAGUUGGCUAUAAGUAUUGUAAUGGUGCAAAAAGUCAAACUUCAGAGGCAUGUCAUCAAUAACCUUUAUUAAAACAAACACAUUGGACUUAAACAACAUGCGACAAAGAGUUACUGUACUAAUAGGCUUUGUUCAUCCACAAAAGCAGCUGAUUCUCAAAAUUCUUUGAGCCAAUGCAUGCUCUUCUUGGCCUGAAGAACUUUGAGAACCAGCUGCUUUUGUGGAUGAACCACCUUUGUGGACUUCAGUACCUCUACUGUGUCUCCUGGGCACCCCAGAAAUGUCAGUAAAGAAAGCAUCCAAACCGAACCUGAGCCACUCCCAGGUGACAGAAUUGACUGCACGUCUUUUUGGGCUAACUGUAUCUACCAUACAUCCUCUGCCCAGUUACGAUGAUCAGAACUUCCAUGUGGUGUGUGUGGAUGCUGGUGACUUUGUGUUGAAGGUCAUGAACUCUACAGAUAGUGAGAAUAUGAAACUACUCGAGUUGCAGACACACAGCAUGAACUUCUUGCUGCAGAAUGGACUUCCUGCACAGAAGGCUCUAUGCACUGUCACAGGGAAGAUGAUGAGUCUGGAAGAGUUAGAUUGUGGAUAUGGCCUUCAGAAAUAUCUGGUGCGUUUGCUCGCGUACCUGCCUGGUACUCCAAUGACCAAAAUCACCUGUACGCCACAGCUACUGUAUGAAACGGGAAAAAUGGGUGCCAUGCUGGACAAGAUUUUACUGAUGAUGGAGCAUGAGAACCUUGGUGCUCUUCAGAGAGAGAACUUCAUCUGGAGUUUGUCCUGCGUUCCUCUGAUAGAUGAUUAUCUCCAUGUGAUGGAUGGAGAUCCAAUGCAGCUAAUCAUUAGAGGAGUUAUUGAUCAGUACCGAAACCAAGUGGUACCGAAACUCCCCUCCUUCCGCAAGUGUAUAAAUCAUGGAGAUUUGAAUGAUCACAACAUCCUUGUGAAGCAGGACGGACCAUCGUGCUACAAGAUCAGCGGCAUUCUGGACUUUGGUCAUAUGAGCAGCGGUUAUUUUGUUUUUGAGCUGGCGAUCACAAUAAUGUACAUAAUGCUCCAAAGCCGGAAUCCGCUGGAGGUUAUAGGUCCAGUCAUCGCUGGGUUUGAGAGCAUUUUUCCUCUGAACUCUGAUGAAAGAGAUGCUUUGUAUACUCUGGUGCUGAGUCGGUUUUCUCAGUCGCUGGUUUGUGCACGUUCUGCGGUUCUCCAGCAACCAGAAAACGAAGAGUACCUGAUGAUCACAACUAAAAAUGGAACUAGACUCCUCCAGCUUCUGUGGGAAAAAGGGAAAGAGGAAGUGGAGAAAGUGUGGUUUGAAGGUGCUGCUAAUAUCUAAAUGCUAAUUGUAAAUUCUUACCCUAAUCCCUAAAAAGCUAAACAAUCACUUCUAAGCACAGCAUUAAUUAACUGCAACUGCUAAUAUUACACUAAUGCUAAACAUCAAAUUUACUGCUAGCCAUAAAAAUAAUACUAACUAUGACCAUUCACACUGAUAGUAAUAAUUUGAUAAAUUCCUGCUUAAUUUUGCAAGACAGAUUUAAUUAACAUUGAUAAAGAUGAAUCUUACAGUUUACAUUUUGGCCAUGAUUCUGUCAGUGUCUGUCAGUGCCUUGCUAGUGAGAGGCCAAUGCUAAUCCAAGUCUAGAUGCUAACUUGUUACCCUAGGAUGAACUCUAAACCAGCUGCUCACGCUAAUAAUCACACUACACCAGUCCGCACUCCUUAUUCACGGGUGCAUUUUGGCCUGAGUGGGCAAGUGUGGGCCUGGCUGGGCAAGUGUAAGCAUGGGAAGGUGAUUGCGGAUCUGGGUGGGCAAGUGUAAGCCUGGGCAGGUGAUUGUGGGUCUGGGUGGGCAAGUGUAAGCCUGGGCAGGUGAUUGUGGGCCUGGGUGGGCAAUUGUAGGCCUGGGUAGGAGAGCAUGGACCUCUUUGGGUGUCGCUGUGCCAGGGUGGGUAAUUGAGAACUGAUAUAAAUUUAUUUGUGUUUCUGAAAUGUGGAUGAGAAUCUUUUUCUUUUGAUUUCAACAGUAUUAUACUACGAUCUGAAGCAUAUUAACCACAAUUUGUUUACUGUUUAAA